AUGGCAGAAGUGGGUGAGGUGCAUAAUAACUAUCUACAGGGUGGAUCUUACGAGAAGAAUGCUCACAAAUAUCACGACGGAAUAUCUAGGAGAGCAUUUAAAAGAGAUCCAUCGGCUCUGUACAAACGUCAAUAUGAUGAUGGAAAAGUGAAGCGAGAUGCAGAUGCAUUCGCCGAUGAGAUGGCACGUUACGGUCUUGUCUACAUGGUAAAAAAAAGGGGCCAACAGAAACGAGAGGCCUCUCCAUUAUUGCCGAAAAAACGAUUAUAUGAACGCGAUGCCCUGAUCCAAAAGCGAAACACUACAACCUCUUCGCAAAAAAACUUGACUAUAACCGAGAUUCUUGCAAGUUACACUGAUUACAGCGUACCUAUAACUGUUUCAUAUUAUUCAGAUGAAGAAAAGCAGAGGUAUCUAGAGGAACUUCAAAAAAUAUUUAUAAAUCCUGAACCUGCUAAACUCAAUGCUGAUGGGUGGCCGGACAAGAGCGUCUACGACCCGGCUAAUGAUCUAAUGUUUUGGUGGCGUAAUGAUCCGGUGGCAAACCAGCAUCAUGAACAUUGGCAUCUAGUGAUGCCUUCAACUAUCAUUGAUGGUGUUCGUAAAGACCGUGAAGGCGAGAAUUUUGUUUACAUGCACAGGCAUAUGCUGUCGAGGUAUGACGCCGACCGUCUUGGAUGCGGUUUGGAAAUUGUUAAGCCAUUGCCCGACUACUUAACUCCUAUACUCGAGGCUUUCUAUCCCGAUCCACUUCUUUCCCAAGAUAACGAUUCGGAUCCUUCGACUCCUCGCGUUUGGUUUCCAGCACGCCCGGCCAAUGAAUCAAUUAAAGACAUUGUUCAGGAUAUGGGCGGAUACUUUAUUAUCUACACUGUUAAAUUCUUAACGUAUACCUACAACGAAUUGAUAAAGUGGAUCGAUCAGAAUGACUCGGUGGUUCAUCCCGUGAAAUUAGGAUGGAACGAUACGGAAGCGGUUACUCUCGGUAGCAAUCUCGAAUUAAUAUUGCACAACAUAGGACACGCGGUGCUCGGUUAUAUCAUGCAUCCGUACAGCAUUAAUUGGGCACCGAGCGUACUGGUCGGUGCACGUGCUGGAUUGCGUGAUCCACUGUUUUGGAGAUGGCAUCGUCAUUUGGAUAAUAUAUUUUUGAGGUGGCAGAAUCACUUGGGUCCCAAUGAUUUCCUGAGCGAGGCACCAAAUGUCACUAUUCGGACGACCGAUAUUUACUUUUCGUUUACCGAUGUAUUGCUCAAAGUUGCUCCUGAUGGCAAGAAAGAUGAAUGGCAAGCGUAUGCCAAUAAACUUUUUGGAGGAAACUAUUUUGAUGUUGAUCGUUCCAAUGUAACUGUAGUCACCUCUGAGUUACAUACCAAGAUGAAAAAUCGAAUUCUGGUGUGGAGAGAAGAUAAUUUUGAUAAGGAGAACAUCACCUAUGUGUACCCUAGGGACUGGCAAUACUUUAUCAGAGUGAAGAAUAAUGUGGACAUUACCACAAUAAUCACAAUCCGCAUAUUUAUCGUUCCGGAUGAACUUGCCGAUUCGCCAGUGCACUGGAUUGAAUUGGACAAAUUCAAACGCGCCCUGAAACCCUAUGAGAAAGCCGUGAUAACAAGAUCAUGCGACAAGGCUGUGGUAAUACGCAAACCCGCACAGAAAACCGUGAAUCUAAUGGAUGAGACCCAAAUAAACGCCACAUUUAGAACAACACUGACAGGUUAUAAUGAUAAAGAAAAGGCCGAAUUAUUGUUCUGCGAUUGUGGGUGGCCAUAUAAUAUGAUUUUGCCAAGAGGAACGAAAGAAGGGGCGAAAUAUAAGAUAAUCGUAUUUAUCUCGGAUGGAUUGAAUGACCUGGUGCCAACUUAUGACGAGUGUGGCAGUACUUUACUGUGCGGUGCACAAAAAUGGACAGACAAGAUUCCAGAUGCGAAGCCCUUAGGUUAUCCAUUCAAUAGGCCUUUCAAGAACGGCUCUUAUGAAAAAACAUUCUCCGGAUUAACCAAUGCUGCUAUUCGUGAUUUUACCAUUAAAUUAGUAGACGAAGAUUUCCCUGAAGUCUAG